AGUCCACUGGCAAACGGCUGUUGGCCUGUCGACGUGUCAUAUACGGUGAUAACGAGCAGGCGCCGCGCUAGCCGCCGGCGGAGCGACGAGCAGGCCACUGCCACCGCCACCGCCAAGCGCCAUGCCACUCGUCGGUUGUCCGGCGCCGAGGCUCACCGGCCGGGCCCAGCGCCCUCCUCCGCCGCGCUCCUCCGCGCCUAGGCGCGCCUCCUCCCCUCCUCCGCUGCUUUCAAGGAGGGCGGCGUCCGCCGUUUCGCUGCUCCUCGCCGCCCUCCCCUUCCCCGCCUCGUCGCUGCGACUCCCCGCGGCAUCCGCGAAGGAAGAGGAGGCGUCAGAGGCUAGAAGAGGGGGUGCGGGGGAGCUGGAGCUGGAGCGGUACGCUGACCGAGACGAGGGCUUCACCCUCCUCAAGCCCGCCUCCUGGCCCAAGGUGGAGAAGGCAGGGGCGACGGCGCUCUUUCAGCAGGAGGGGCAAGGGAGCAACAAUAUUGGGGUUGUUGUUAAUCCCGUCCGGCUAUCGACGCUGACAGAGUUCGGCACGCCACAGUUUGUCGCCGAGAGGCUGAUUCAGGCUGAGAAGAAAAAGGAAAGCACCAAAUCUGCAGAGGUUAUUUCUGUUGGGGAGAGAUCAGGCCAUGAUGGACUGACAGUGUAUGAAAUCGAGUACCUACUGGAUAGUACAAGGGGAGGGAUGAAGAGGAUAUUUUCGGCUGCAUUUGUUGCUUCUAGGAAGCUCUACCUGCUAAAUAUAACCCACUCAGAUAGCCAGCAGAAGCCCCUGGAUAGCCAGACUAGAAAUGUUCUGGAACAAGUCCUCCAUUCUUUUGAUUCUGUAUAGUUUGUUUCUUUUAAGAGGAGAGGCAUGCCUAUCUCUUAUCUGUUCCCAUAACAUGUGUCUUUGUGCGAUCGUAUUCCAAAUGUAUGUAUUUUUGUGUUAAUAUGCUAUUUUUGGCAACAUAAUUAUAAUAUGUUUCCCAAAUAUGUAUCAGUUCUUUGAUUCUUUCAGCAUCUUUGGAACCUUUGUUUAGGAAACAGAAGCAUGUUUUAUACUACAUUCCGGGGAAUCUUCCAUUGCUUAAUCAUGCUUGCAU